CUGUCUAACGGAUCCACACCAGGUGGGCUCAGCAAUUCAUUUUCAUGGAUGGGUGGUGGUCCUCACCAGUCCAGGCCAGGCCAGAUUACUAUCCAAAUGGGGAGCCUAAGAAGUAUUACUAAAAGGGAAAAUACUUAACUGGCAUGAAGUUGAAGCGUUGUCAAGGCUUCAAAAAGCCUGCCUUCUUUGUUCUAAUCAAGUAACAGCAACGCAUCCAUGGCUCCCAACAAGUUUGCAACCAUGCUUCACAUGAACACCCACAAAAUCACUGUAAUUCUAGUGUACGCAGUCCUUGAAUGGCUUCUCAUUAUUCUCCUUCUCCUCAACUCUUUCCUCUCUUAUCUCAUCUCCAAAUUUGCCGCCUACUUUGGCCUUAAACCACCUUGCCUAUGGUGUGCUAGAGUGGAUCACCUCUUUGAGCCUCCUGCUGCCACCAACGCAACUCAGUCCUACUACCAUCUUGUUUGUGAGGCCCAUGCCUCUGAGAUUUCCAAGCUGGCUUACUGCUGGGAUCAUCGGAAAUUGGUUGAAUGGGAAGACAUGUGCAACGACUGCUCCUCCUCUCGCCCCGGUUGCUCAGGAAAACCAUUUGAAAUCUCACACCAAAUGGCUUUCUUUUCAAGCACGCCUCACAACAAUGCUGCAAUUAAUGGUGAGAGGGAUCGUAGGUGUUGUUGCUGUGAUCACCUCUUCACCACAAAAUUCUGCCCUCCUUAUUUUCUGUUCAAGCCUUCCUGGAACAUUUUGGAAUAUUCCCGCAAGGGAAACCUGAUUGUGGAAGAGAUGCACAGUGAAAUCUAUGGAGAUGACUUCUCAGACAACUGCGAAAAUCAAAGUGAAAUGAAACACAACGUGGAAGCCGAUGUUGGGAAUGACCAAGUGUUGGCAAAUGAACAGCUCAUAGUUUCUGAUGUCCAAAGUAUUAGCUUUCCAUAUGAUGACAAGGAAGGAAAUGAAGAUGAGAAAGCAGACAGUACUAAAAUCACACCGCCAUAUUCCAAUUCUAAGGAUUUUCUUCAUCCAUCUUCUGAUGAUGCUGGCAUCCAAACUUGUUGCAGAGCGGAUGAAUCUCUUGAAAUCAUCAAUCUGCAAUCUAAGAUUCAUAUCCAUCCUGAAUUUCAUCGCAUAAUCCCUUUUCAUUUGAUUGAUUCUUCAACUACUGAGAACCAGAGGUCAUACAAAUUUACUAAAGGAGGUCGAAGGCAACAUGAACUUCAGCAUCAUGGAACUUUUCAUUCUGAGUCCCUCAUCAAAUCAAAUGAAGAGAUUCCCAGGAUCUCAAAAGAUGCAACACUACUUAUAACUAAUGCUGAGAAGGCAGAAAAGACAAUCUCCAAAGAGCUUAAAAGCUUGGAGAUGGGUGCGAUUGAGGAUUCUGUGGCUCUAAAUACUGGAGAUGGAAGAAACGAAGAUUUAGUUGACAAGGCAUUUGAACAAGCUAUUACUAGUCAAGCAGCCCAAAACGUAUCUACUGAUACAAACGAAAGAGAAACUAAAGCUAUGAAAGAACCCGAUGAUCCUACAGCUCCUGAAGGAGACAGUUUUAAUUUGUCAGGUGAUGAAAUCAAAUCUGAGAUCUUGACAGACAUGAAAGCGUUUGAUUAUGAGCCAACUGAUCAAGCUCAAACUCAAGAAUCAAUUCCCUUACUCAUACACCUAGGAGAAGAUCAACCUUUAAUGAUCUGUGAUAGCAUUCGAAUUAUUACUAGCCCUGAUGCAUUCAUAGCUGAGAAUGACCAAGGUCUAAAUCACACUGAGAAAGCUGCCAGGGGAGAAAGCAUAAAUUUUGCUGAAGAGAAUCAACAAGGGAUAAAGCUUCAUUUAUCCCUAUGUUCAGAGGCCUGUGAGGUGGAGGAAGAGAGGUUUUCUGGCACACCCACUUUCAGGGAAGGCCUCCACCACCUACAUAAAGAAUUACUAUUACCAGAUAAAAAAGAAUCAGUAAUGGAGAACUCAUUUGAUGGAAGUGUGAUUAGUGAGAUGGAAGGUAGUGAUACAGUUUUCACCAUUGAACGCCUCUCAGCAGCGCUUGAAGCAGAACGCAAAGCUCUUAGAGCUCUAUAUGCAGAACUAGAAGAGGAAAGGAGUGCGUCUGCAAUAGCUGCCAACCAGACAAUGGCCAUGAUAACCAGGCUUCAAGAAGAGAAGGCUGCAAUGCAGAUGGAAGCAUUGCAAUACCAGAGGAUGAUGGAAGAACAAUCCGAGUAUGACCAGGAAGCAUUGCAGCUUCUAAAUGAGCUCAUGAUUAAGAGAGAGAAGGAGAAGCAAGAACUGGAGAAGGAGUUAGAAAUACAUCGUAAAAAGGUUUUGGAUUAUGAGUCAAAAGAGAAAAUGAUGAGAAGAAGGAAAGAUGGAGGGAGCCUAAGAAGUAGAAUCUCUUCUGCUACUUGCAGCAAUGCUGAGGAUAGCGAUAAGCUUUCUAUUGAUCUUAAUCAAGAAGGGAAAGAUGAAGAUAGUAGCUUCUGUGGCCAUCAAGAAAGAAACAGCAAUAGUACACCUGCUGAUGCAGCCCUAGACUUGGAUGAAAUGGGGCUAGAAUGUGUGAAUCAUUUGAGCACACUUGAAGAAUCAUUGGCAGAAUUUGAGGAGGAGAGGAUGUGUAUUCUAGAACAGCUCAAGGCACUGGAGGAGAAGCUUUUCACAUUGGGAGAUGAAGAAGAAUUCUUUGAGGAUGUAGAACAGAUGGAACAGUUUCCAGAACACAAUGGCAAGGAGUUGGAUGAGGAUUGUGGAUUUGGAAGUGGAGAAGUACAAGGAGUCUCAAAUGGACUUCCCAAGGAAAUGAGUGGAAAGCAAUAUUCAGAAAAAAAGACAAAGGGAUCCAAUGCAAAGAGCCUGCUUCCACUUUUGGAUGCAAUCCAUAUUGAAUCUGAAGAAGGGGUAUUAGAGGAAGUACAAAUUGAAUCUGAUUCUGCUAGAAUGCUGGUCUCUUCAGUUUCCCAAUUUGAACUGGAACACAAGAAACUUGCAAUUGAAGAGGAGGUGGACCAUGUAUAUGAAAGGCUACAAGCUCUGGAAGCAGAUAGGGAGUUUAUGAAGCAUUGUAUCAGCUCCUUAAAGAAAGGAGACAAGGGCAUGGAUCUUCUCCAAGAAAUCUUACAACAUCUCCGAGACCUGAGGACCGUAGAAGUGCGGGUGAGGAACAUGGGUGACACUACUCUAAUCUGAAGUUGCACUUCAACUACUGUACCAUGAAUUAGAAGUGCCGGAGAGGUGAUAUUUGACUUGUUUUCAGGUUUCUUUCUUCCUUGGAGUUAAUUGGGGACUGACUAUGCAGGGUCACUCAUCUUGAGCAUUGAGGACUUUGGAAAAAGAAUCUUGGAAUUCUGCAUUCUCCUCUCUUUCCCUGGCUAAUCACUGCCUUCUCCUGCACUCUCCAGGCAAAAGGUGAAAGAGGUUAUGUGUAGUGUCACUUGGGACUCGUCUAUUUCUCUUCUAGUUUAUGCAUCAUUUGAUAUCAUAUGGAGUUCGAUCAAUGAGGUGGAGACAAAGUUUAAUUAUUUGUAAGCCACAUGUAUGUCUCAGUCUGUUAAUAUUCGUGAGUGGUUCUGGUUCUUAUUCCCUUACUUUCUGUACCAUUUCAUAACAUGGAUAGCUUUACAAACUAAAAUAAGACAUUUCUUUCUCCUGCUA